AUGUGUAUGUGUGUUUGGAUGUUUGUAUGUGCGUUGUGUUUUUAGAAGGGAAGCGGGAGUAUAAUUUGCCACCCCGGUCCCGCGGUGGCGAGUAUUUAUGUUCAUGCACCGGGUUAUUUUUAGCGCACUGCUUUUAUUAGGAAGCAUAUACAUGUAAAAAUACUCCCGCGAUUGUGGCGAGUGGGAGAGAGAGAUAGAGAGAGAGAGAGAGUCAGAGAAAGAGCGGCCGUUUCGAGAGGUGGUCAGCUCAUUAGACCAAGCACUCAGCAUCCACUAGCGAGCUAAAUUGUGCAUUUUUGAAUGCAACAAAUCGCACAAAAAGGAGUGUUUCGAUAAAGUGUCAUUGAAGCUCGGGCACUAACAGUUGCUCGGAAGUUGGUCGUUGAAAUUAUUGCUUUGGAGUGGAGGAAUGGGUUCCAUUAGAAUUGAUGCUUUUUUUAGACAACAAAACGCGAUGUUAUAAUAUCUCGAUUCUGAUGCUUCUGUUUAAAAGCACAUUAAGCUAGUCAUACGGUAUUUCUGCGAACCGUUGAGUAGUAAUUCAAUUUGAAAAUCAUUUAUGAAUUGGCCUCAUCCCUUGUUAGCCUCAGUGGUGGGUGAUAAUGAGUCCCAUUGGUUGGUAAUUGCAUCGGUUAAAAUUGUUUAUAAAAAUGAGAACGUCAGCAUUGUGCCGGUCACUUGUGUUAAGCGUGUCGUACGGGAAUUAUUUCUCUGUGAAACUCUUUGUGUGAGUGAAUGGCAGAAUGGCAAUACCUCAUAGCAUGUUACUGCUGCUUUUCGUGUCGUCCAUGUGCGUGAUGGUGACAUUAGGCGCACCGAAUUUUUCCUACAUCAAAGGAAAUGUGUCCAGCACGAUCGUGAAUCUUACCGGCGAAGGCAACCCCGAAGACUAUUCCUUUCUCACUAACAGCACCGAGGAACUCAUUUUCGAUAACGCAACGAUCGGUGUGCUUGAUCUAACGCACCCGCUCGCUAGCAUACGGCCCUGGAAAGUGGUGAUCACCAACUCGAACGUUACACGCGUACUGUUUCCGGCAGCGAUGAGCGCCAGUGUAGUGCACCUGACCCACAUGGGCGUUGAGGAUGUGGAGUUCGAAAACAACACAAGCUUGCAGGACUUCCGUGCCGACUACACUUCGCUGCAGGUGGUGUCACCGACCGUGUCCAAGCUGCUGACGCUCGACAUCCUCUGGAUAACGCACUCACAGCUGACCAACUUUAGCUUCGAUGUGUUGGAAAACUCACCCGUCUCUUUGCUGUAUCUGGUGGGCAACAAGAUCGAGCUGGUCACGAUCACGCCCGGGCUGGUGUGUUGCCGCAAUUUGGAAGAACUAUUCCUCUCCGGCAAUCAGCUGAAACGGCUCGAUUUCGGCACGAUGGCACUGAUGAGCAAAUUGAAGACGAUUCUGCUGGAGGGCAACCGAUUGGCUGAGGUGCAGCUAAACCUGCCGGAUAGGGGGCACCAGCAGAUGACGGUCAACGAGGCGGGCGAUGUGCAGACGUUUUGCUCGUGGCGUACGUACUACAUUGAGCAGGAGCAGAAGAAUCAAGACGUGCCCAGGCCCAACUGUACCGACUACUUUGCGACACUGCUAUCGGUUCACAUGCCCAGGAACGCGUUUGAGCAUAUCGAUUUUGGCGUCUUUCGCCUGAUGAAUAAUCUAAACUCGCUGGAUUUAACGAAAAAUCGACUGCUGGAGCUGGUCGCAACCGAGGAGAAGGUGCCGAUAAGGUUAAGCGAGCUGUUUGCCUCCAACAACAACAUAUCGGACGUAUAUCUACGCCCGUUCCCGGCAAUGAAAGCGAUCUAUCUGUAUGACAAUAACGUAAAUACGCUCAAUAUGAGCAGCCUGCCCGGCGAGCUGGACUACUUGAACCUGGUCAACAACCCGCUCGAUUGCAAUGAGCUACCGCAUAUGAACAGCAGCGUAAAAGCCCUGGGACCAUACACGGAGUGUUAGUGAAGCUGAGCUGAACGCUGUCCGCCGGCAAAAAGAACUUGUAUUUCUGUACAACUGUUUGUGAAUGUUGAAUGUAAAUAGCUGCUCCUUGAGUUGUUUUAACUGUUUGUAGAAUAAACAUUAGAUCUCAGGGUUUGGUAGAAAGUUCGGGUAGUAAAGAUUAAUAUUCGAUGUAAAAAUUGAAACCUUGCACUGUAAAUGUGAUCCCCCCUGCCGUAGCCAUAUCGGUGAAAGGGAUAACUUUCCCUAGGAAUGUAUUUUAUCUUGUGUUAUUGCAGGAUACAUAAUUUAAAAUCUUUGCUGGUUGAUGCACACCAUAGGUCUGCAAUGACUUUAGUAGAGAAAUUAAAUUACCAAUAUCAUACGUCUACUGCUUUUGAAACAUCGCAGCUAUUCCCGGCACACGCGCUUCGACGUAUAUAUCCAUUGCGAAGAUGGUGAUGUUACGGGGAGCGAUCAGUUUGAACUGCAGCUUGUAAUCCCCCGGUGGUAUAUUUUUCGGUGCGUGACGCUCUUGCAGGUACCACGAAACAUUGUACGUACGGUUCUGGAAAACACGAGAUACAUAAAAAGGAGGCGAACUCCAACAAAAAGCUUUUCGUACAAUACUUACGCCCGUGGGGCACGGUACCAGUAGCUCCGGAAGCGUCUCUUCAAUCACAUCGUACACUAGCUUUUCCACGCUGAACUGUGGAGGGUGUCUGAUAUAUUCACAACCAUUGCCUUCUACAGUGAUCAAGAAUGGUUGAUAGGUACUGUAUUUGUAGAAUAGUAAAAUCUUGAUCAUGACAUUGUCGUAGAUUUUCGGCACAUUUAAGGACAGAUUGACCAGUGUGGGUGCGUUCCUUCGUGGGAUGCUUUUGCACGCGUAAAGCGUGGACUCUUUGUACGGAGUGUCGAUGCAGACGUAUUUCUUGAUCUUGAGUGAAUACGAAUUGGCGUUAGUGCAGCACGACGGCAAACAGGCCAGCAGUGAUAUACAUGUGAAGUAUAGCGCUACGUAAAAUGUUUGUCCGUACAUCAGUGCGGAUGGUCUCAUCGUCAGUUCACCAGAAGAAAUAGAGAAGUGUUGCA